AUGGAAGCCACUUCGGGUGAGCCCCUGGAGGAGGCAGCUCUUGGAAGACCCUUCCAGCUGGGGAUGCUGUAUGAUGGCCGUAAUCAUAAGCUCAUUCCUGCUCUGCCCCCUGUGAUGCCCCCUGCUGGUGCUGAGCCUGUGGUGUCCCCUGCGGCACCCCCAGAGAUGCCUGUGUCCCCUGCUGCAGCUGCCAUGGCACCUGAGGUGCCAGCCGUGGCGCCCCCUGCUGGCCGCACGCCCGAGGUCCACGUGCCAUCCCCUGCUCCUGCGCCGCCCAUCCAGACUCCAGUGCUCCCUGUGACUCCAGUGCUCUUUUUUGCAAAAAAAAAUUCCUCAAUUGGGUUGAGGAAAGGAAUUACAUUGUGGGAUCAUGAUGACCUUCAAAAAGACACAGAUGAAAGAAUUCAGCCCAAGACAGAAUUUAAUGUCAUUACAUCUGAUUCUGUAGAGGAUAAGGCAAGGGCUUUGGAUAUUGAUGCUUCACUGAAAGCAAGUAUCUUAGGGGGACUGGUUGAGGUUUAUGGAUCUGCCAAAUAUCUUAAGGACACAAAGGAAUCAAAAAAACAGGCACGUGUCACCCUGAAGUAUAAAACAACUACAAAGUUCAUGCAGCUGUCUAUGAGUCACCUUGGACGGGGAAAUGUUAAACACCCAUAUGUGUUUGAGAAGAGAAUAGCGACACACGUGGUAACAGCAGUGCUGUACGGUGCUCAGGCAUUUUUUGUAUUUGAUCGAGAAGUUUCAGAAACUGAGGACCAGCAAAACAUUGAGGGGAACCUGCAAGUGGCAAUAAACAAACUACCAUAUUUGUCAAUCGAUGGGAAAGGUUCCUUACAGCUGACAGACACUGACAAAGCUACUGUUGAUAAGUUGACUUGUAAAUUCUAUGGGGACUUUGCCCUGGAACAGAACCCUGUUUCCUUCCAGGAUGCUGUAAAAGUAUACACAACACUUCCAGAUCUGCUGGGUGAAAAGGGGGGAAACGCUGUGCCAGUCAGGGUGUGGUUACUCCCCCUGGAAAUCUUAGAUUCUUCUGUUGCCAGAAUAGUGCGUCAGAUCAGUGUCAGAUUAAUAAAUGAAACACAAAGUGUGAUAGAGGACUUCAAUGAAAUAGAAAUGCAAUGCAAUGAUAUUAUGAAACGAAAGAUUGUUGCACACUUUCCUGAAAUUGGCAAAAAGGUGAAAUCCUUCAAGGACACGUGCUUGGAGCAUAAAUCAGAGUUUCAGAGAUCUUUGUCAAGUAUUCUACCAUUAAUUCGUGGAGGUGGAAAAGAUGAAUGUGUGCUUGCAAACAUCCUAACAAAGAAGGAACAGUCUCCUUUCAAUAGCAAUAAACUUAAGGAAUGGCUGGACUACAAAGAGGAAGAAAUCAACCUGCUCCAAGUGUACACUGAUAUGAUGGAAGACACAAAAAUUGUGGCAUCAAAUAAUGAGCUUGAAAGUGAAAUCUUCAAAAACAGAGAUAAGAAUGUAGUGUGCUUUGCAUUUACAUCACUGGGUGAGGAGGAGCCGUAUCUGUCCUGCUUGCGGAGUCACUUAAAGGCUCUUUCAACUGCAAAGCUAACAGAACCAACAGAGGAAGAUGGGAAGGAUGUCGAGCCGUGUGAGUUUUACUUCUCAGAUGCUGUGUCAGAAAAAAUGAAAGAACAAGCAAUCCUCUUCAUAGAUUUUGCAAAGGCAAACAAGGAGAAUAAGAAAACACACUUUAUAGCUGCAUCCAUACCUAACGAUAAACACAAAUGGGCAAGUAUUUACCUUUACACAGCAGGAGUCCAAAAAAAUGAUCACUUUGAACCCCCUUCGAGACCUGUAAAACCAACAGCAACUGACAUAAAUCAUAAUAGUGUGACAAUAAAGCUGAGUCACCCCCAGUAUGGAUCCAGUGAAAUCACACACUACCUGAUUGAAUACUGUGCUAAUGAGUCAGAUGGUUGGAUAUUUUUGGAGGUUCCCAAAUCUAACCUAGAAUGUACUGUGUCUGGGCUGCUUCCCCACACCGGCUACAGGUUCAGAUACAAGGCAGUGUGUCCAGCAGGUGUCAGUCUAACCAGUGAAGCUGACAGCAUUAAAACUUUGCCCACAAGUCCUCCUGGGAAGCCAGAACAAAUAGAUGUAGAUUCAGAGGAGAUUAUAAUUGGUUGGACAAAACCUGAUUCAAUUGGCCAUGGUGUCAACAUUGAAAACUAUGUUGUUGAAUACAGAACUGAAACAAAUGAAAAUAAGUCAGACUGGAAAAAAAAGACUAGUAAUGGUGAAGUCUAUAAAAUUACUGGGCUACAGCCAGAUACAACAUAUGAUGUUAGAAUUACAUGCAAUUGUGGUGAAUCUGGUCAAAGUAAAGAAAGUCUGACAGUCUCUGUUUCAACAUUGUCAGGAACCACAACACUAGCUGAUCAGAUAAAAGGAAAGAGUGAAUGUCUCAGCAAAGGGUUCCCCUCUGUGUACAAGGUUCCCCUGCAGGAGAUACACACAAACUUAGAUGGAUGCAAAAUAUAUGCUUUUGGCAAAGAGAACAUCAGAGAACAUCGAACCAUUAUGGUCAUUGGGGCAACAGGAGCAGGAAAAUCAACCCUAAUAAAUGGAAUGAUCAACUAUAUUUUGGAUGUUAAGUGGGAAGAUAAUUUCCGAUUCAAAUUAAUUGAUGAGGGUCUUUUGAAAUCACAAGCAGAGAGCCAAACAUCCCUUGUUACUGCCUAUGAAAUUAAUUAUCAAGAUGGAUAUACAAUAAACUACUCCAUCACUAUCAUCGACACCCCAGGUUUUGGUGACACAAGAGGAAUAGAGAGAGACAGUCACAGAGCAAUCACUGAACAGAUCCGAACAUUUUUCACCUCUGACAGCGGAAUCAGUGAUAUAGAUGCAGUCUGCUUCGUAACUCAGGCUUCACUGGCACGACUAACACAUCCACAGAAAUAUGUGUUUGACUCCAUCCUUUCCAUUUUUGGUAAAGACAUAGCAGACAAUAUCCAGAUGCUUGUGACAUUUGCAGAUGGACAGAAGCCCCCAGUUCUAGAGGCCAUCAACGUGUCUGGUGUACCAUGUCCGAGAACAGAAAAAGGGAUUCCUGUUCACUUCAAAUUCAACAAUUCAGCACUGUUUGCAGACAAUUCUCAUUCAGGAGAUACGAAAAAUAGUGAUGAUGAAAAUGAGGAAGAUAGUGAUGACAACUUUGACAAGAUGUUCUGGAUUAUGGGUGUGAAGAGCAUGAAGAAGUUUUUUGUUGCCUUAACACAUAUGGAAACCAAGAGCCUGAAGUUAACCAAGGAAGUCCUCAAAGAACGAAAACAGCUGGAAACUGCAGUCACAGGUCUGCAACCACAGGUCCGAGCUGGUUUGGCUAAACUGGAUGAAAUCAAAAAGACCCAACAAAUAAUUCAGAAGCAUGAAGCAGAAAUAAAUACAAACAAAAACUUUGAAUUUGAAGUAGAGCUGAUGAAGCCAGAUCAGGUUAGUAUAGAAGGAUCUGGAGCGUAUAUAACCAACUGUCAGCAGUGUUAUGUCACCUGCCACUAUCCUUGUGCUAUUCCAGAUGAUAAGGAUAAGGCUGGUUGUGCUGCCAUGGACUCCCAAGGAAACUGCAAUGUGUGUUCUGGCAAAUGUCCCUGGAAUGUGCAUUUCAACCAGAAAUACAGAUGGGAAUAUAAAAAGGUGACAGAGAAGAGAACAUCUGAAGAGCUUAAAGCAAAGUAUGAGAAAGCGUCUG